AUGAGCAGUGGCCGAGCGAUUGGUACCGCUACCGCCAACGGUGGUAAUUCGGGCAACCACAGCAACAAUGGCUAUUUUAUUGCCUCCUUCUCGCCCGUUAAGGAUGUUUAUAAGAACAGCCAAUCGACCAGCCACUCCAACUACUCGUCCUCCUCGUCGCUCGUGUCCAACGGUUCGCGGCAACAUUCUUCGCAGCACUCGACGGCGACGAUGGUCGGCAGCAGCAGUGUCGGUGGCGCUGGCACGCCCGGCUCACAGGCGGCCCGAAACGGAGCCACGGCGGAGUCAACGGUUCCGGUGCAGCGAUCCGCUUCCUUCAACUCGUCGUGCACCGUGCCGCUCAGCAUCAGCAAAAGUACGCAGGUGAAAAAUUCGGCCUCCUUCAGCAACUGCUCCCUGCUGUCGAAGGUCGCCAAGAAGGGCUCCGGUCUGACCGCGUCACUGACGGCGCAUCCGCUCCUGCGGCUCACCUCGAACUCGGCGACGAACCUGCUCAAACAGCAAACGACCAACGGCACGUCCAGUUCGGCCAACUCCAUCACGAACACCUACUCGAGUAACAUCACCGAAGCGUUAGCCAACGCCGGCAGCAACCCGAGAAUCCCUUCGGCAGCCUCGGCCGCGAAAUCCACCAUCGGCACCAGCCUUUCCUCUUCCACUGGUCAGCUCCCGUCACCCUCGACGGCAUCGGUUUCGUCGACCACCUCAACCGUUACCAGCGGCACAGUCGGUGCUUCUUCACUCAACCAAUCGACGAGCACCACCGCACUAUCGUUGGCACAGUUUGGCAAGAACAGUAUCGUAGACUAUUACGUGUAA